AUGGAUCAGCUCAUCCAAGUGCUGCAGGGAACGCUCUCCGCGGACCCGAACGCGCGACUGUCGGCCGAGUUGCAGCUCAGCCAGCUGACCGGACAAUCUGGUCAGUCCCAGCUCGCUCUGAGGCCUCGCCUACCUUACCUGAUCCACUCUUACGCGUAGAGACUGCCCUUGCGUUGGCUCAAAUCACGGUCGAACACUCGCUCGACAUCUCCUUGCGUCAGAUAAGUCCCCACUCACUCGCCGCUUCCAUCUGGGUCGGCGCGCCGCGACACGAGGCCCGUAGACGCGUCCAAACAGGAAGGAGGCUGAUACGCUUUACUCCUCUCCAACGAGAUCACGCCGCGGGAUUCGCGCUCAAGAAAUACGUCAAGGAGCACUGGUCGCCUUUCUUCUCAACCUUCAAAGGUCCAAAUGCAACCACCGUAGAGGUACACCCAUUCGAGGCACGCGGCGAAACGGUCCAGAGAAAAUCCUGACUCUUUUCUGUCGGCGAAUGGUGUGCAGAUCAAAGCCCAGAUCCGACAGACCAUAUUUGGAGGUCUCUCGGACCCGAUUCGCAAACUGCGUUUGGCGUGUGUAUGUACCUGAGCUUUGGACGGCGUGCCACCCAUGCAGGACUCUUUGCUCACUCCUCGGGCGAUUUUUGGAACAGGCCGUCGUCGUUUCUGAUAUUGCGCAUCCCGACUGGCCCGAUGAUUGGCCAUCGCUCAUGACUCAACUGUUGCAGCUCAUUGGACCAGCAGCCUCGCCUGAUGCCGUCGAUGGAGGAAUGCGCGUGCUUAACGAUUUCGUUGGCAUUGACAUGACCGAAGAUCAACUGCUGCCGAUCGCGAGGGAAAUGUUGCCGAGGUUGCUCGAAAUCGUGGGCACACCACAGGUGAGCGAGCACUCGACCGGUCCUUUAACAUCCGAAUGAUAUACUUACACUCUAAUACGUUUCCACAGACACAUUCCCCUUCAACUCGAGCAAGAGCAAUCCUCAUCUUCCGAGCCUGCGUCAUGACUCUGUUCACCGUCAAGGAAGAGCAUCCUGUCGCCGUCAAGGCCGCCGUGACCGACAUCCUCCCAACAUGGCUUUCGGCGUUCCAACAUCUCCUCGCGACCGAUGUCGCGACCGAACUGACGUCGUUCCCGACAUGGGAAGCGCUUGCUGUCCGGACGACCGUCUUUGGAGCUCUCGAGGUCAUCCUCAACUCGUUCCCUUCGACGCUCAAGGCUUUGCUCCCGAUCUUCUUGCAAUUCGCUUCCAACGACCUCGCCGCUCUUCUCCCUGUCUACUCGACCGCUUUCCUUUCUUCCACAUCCGAAUUUGACGUCCCCGUCCCGGCCGAGGGGGACUCGCAAGUCCCUGCCGAUCUCCCCGGCUACAUCUCGACCGUACUUGACUUUGUGACCCAACUCGCGGGGCGUAAGAGCGUCAAAGCGCUCUUCCUCUUCCCGACCACCAAAUCCGGAACACAGCUGCUGCAAUCGACGUUCGAGACGGCGAUCCUGUACGCUCGCAUGACGACCGACGAUGAAGACGAUUGGGCCUCGGACCCGAACGCCUUUGUCGCGGACGAGGAUGACGAGAUGGUCAUUUACAAUGUGCGCGCCGCCUCGAUCGACCUCACAUCGUCUCUGAUCGAUCAAUUCGAAACUGCGGCCGUCACAUCACUUUGGGGCGCGUUCCAAAGUCGUUUGCAUGAUGCUGAUGCUGCCCGGACGAAUGGAACCGAUGCGGAUUGGUGGAAGAUUUACGAAGCCGCUCUCGCUCUAGUCGGGGACGUCUCCUCGGACCUUCUGUCACAUGUUGAAGAUCAAGCCAGCCAGAACAAGCGAUCAGCGUUCGAUCUCGAAGCCGUGUUCACGAGCAUCAUCCCCAACUACCUCGGCGCCACGGAACUGCCCUUCUUGCAAGGACGGAGUUUUGUUUUCGCGAGUCAGUUCGCCCCUGUUUUGCCGAGUCAGUUGGCGCAUCAGUAUAUCGACGCGGCGAUUCAGGUGUUGGAUGCGACGGACGCGGGCGUGCCCGUCAAAGUUUCGGCUGUUAGGGCUUUGACAAAGUGAGUCGCAGACGAAGGAAUAUUGUAGAAGCACAACGGCAUGCUCAUCUCGACCUCUCUGUCGCCCCGCAGCUUCUUCCGUCACCUCAAACAAAACGUCGAACCUUCCCAAGCUGCGCAAUCCAUCGCCCGGCUCCUUCCCCUGUUGCCUCAAACAACAGAAAAUACGCUCGUGCUCAUCGUCGAAGCCCUCGUCCCAAUCCUCAGAGUCGCGGCCCCUUCCCUCGAUGCACCGACGUGUUCUUCGCUCAUCCAGAUCGUCCUCGAGACAUGGUUCAAGAAGCCCGAAGACCCGAUCCUUGGCGUCGCGAUCGGCGAAGUCUUCACCUCCCUCGCUUCGACCCCUUCACCCAUCGUCACGAACUGUCUUCAAACCGAUGCUCUACCUACCCUUUCCAAUAUCCUCCUCGAGAUCCGCACGGACCCUUAUUCGGCUUCAGCUGCAUCGGCCCUCGAAUUGAUCGAAGCGAUCUUGUCCGGACGGCCUUCGGGACCUGAACACUUUGGGCCUGGUCUAUUCGGCACGGUCGCAGCGAGCUUGUUCGAAGUCAUUUCUUCGACCGAAGAUCGAUCGGUCACUCAAUCGGGUCUCAACAUCAUCACGACCGUAGUGCGCAAAGACGUCGGUCAACUACUAGCAUGGAAAGACGCCCAAGGUCGAUCGGGCCUGGAAUUGGUGCUCCAACAAGUUGCAAAAUUGCUUGAACCUGACGAGUCCGAGUCGGGGGGUUUGUUCGUCGGCGAUUUGGUGUUGCAUUUGAUUAGGAAGGCGGGCGAACAGUUGGGGCCCGUGUUGCCGGAUUUGUUGAAGGCUUUUGUGACGAGGUUGGCAACGGCCGAGACGGCGAGCUUUUCUCAGGUGAGACUUGGAGUGUCUCGGUUCGGAUGUGUAGGCGGCAAAGAAAGAGCGAUGGCGUGCUGAAUCUUCAUCGAUCAUCAACAGUCGCUUAUCCUUCCCUUUGCGUACCUCAUUCACAAACAAGCCGACACCGUACUUGCUUUGCUCGAAGGCAUCACAGUCGCGUCACCCACCGGACCACGACCAGCACUCCAAGUGCUCCUUUCAAGCUGGUCCGAAAACGUCGAUGUCUUCCAAGGCUUCUGGGCACUCAAAGCUUCGUACGUCCACAGGUUCCGUUUCUGAUACAAUAAUGUGUCGAUGGCAGUACUUAUCAGGUUUUUCGUCUACGUACAGAACCGUCGCUUUGGCCGAACUAUUCCUCUCACCUCGUCCUUCGUUGUCCCAAAUCGUCGUCAAAGGUGAUCUGCUACUAACCGAUGCGAACCGAAACCGUAUCAUGACGCGCGCACGAGCCAAGAACAGUCAGUCGAAAUGUCUACCCCAUCUCAUUGAAUCAAAGUCGAUCGUACUGACUGACCCACAACGGGCCUUUUUCUCAGAUCCCGAUCAAUUCUCCCUCAUCCCUUUCCGAGCCAAAGCACUCAAAGUUCUGCUCAAAGACGCUCAAUCGGCCCUCUCCGAAUCCGCUCCCAACGGCUCAGGUCGCAAAGACCACCACCACGACGAUGACGAAGACGACGAUGCCGAAUCCGACGACGGGGACGACGAAUGGGCCGACGAAGGACAGGAAUUCGCUUCGGGUGGUUUGGGCAAGGAUUUGGAUUACCUUUCGGAUUUGUUGGGGGGUGGAAGUGGGGGUUUGGGGAAGUACCUUAGGGAUGAGGGGAGUGAGGAUGGGGAGGAGGAUGAAGAGGACGCGGAGGAUCUGAAGGAUGAUGAGAUUUAUCAGUUGGAUGUCGCGGUGAGUUCCUUGUGCUUGGUUAGGGCUUGGUUAGGAAGGGGGUGGGGGGGUUGGUUUAGAGGAGAGGGGUUGGAAGUUCAGGUGCUGAUCCCUUUUUGGUGGGACCCUCUUCAGACGUAUCUCAAAGAUUUCUUCCAUCAAGCCUAUACCAACGACUCGAACCAUUUAAAGGCCCUCGCCACGGAGUAUCUGAAGCAAGAGGAGAAAGACAUCCUCAGCGUCCUUUUGACCCGUGCAUGA